CGCCGCCGGGUGACUGCGCAGCCGCCAUGUUGGUUGCUAUGCUGCCAGUGCUGCCUGCAUGAGGCGGGAGGGCGGCUAUGAGGGGAGGAGGCUGCUGUUCCUCCCCCCUUCUCCCCCACAGACGCUCACUCGCUCGCUCACCGGCAGAGAGGGCGCCUCUGCAGAGCUCCGCUGCCUCUCCCCUCCCCGGUCCUUUUCGCCUCUCGGCCGGGGCGACUACCGGUGUCUGUGAGGCAGCGCCGUGCCCCGUGAGGGAGCGCCCCGACCCGCCGCUGGGCACUGCCCUGCCCUGCCCGCGCCCCGGCUCCCGCCUCGCCGCCCCCUCUGGCCGGUCGCUGUGAGCAGAGGGGAGGAGAGGCCGGAGGGGGGAUCUGCCGCCUUUCACUCCGAGCUUCCCCGCGCCUUUUUCCCCUUGCUCCCCGUCCCGGUCCCUCGGCCCAGCCGCCGCAGUACGAUGUGGUCCUCGCCGCUGCGGCUGGGCGCGGGGCGGCUGCUGCCGCUGCUGCCGAGGCUGCGCCUCGGGCGGUCGCUGCGGGGGAACUGAAGGCAGCGAGCGGCGCGCCCGCUCCCGCACGCGGGGCUGCGGUGCGGCGCUGCGCGCGCGCGCCCCGGCGGGUGCCCGAGCGUCUGCGGCGCGUGCCCGUGUGCGCGCGCGGGGGGUCGCGGGGCGGCAGCGGCGAGCGGAGCCCCCGCGCCUCUUCCCUCCGCCGUCCCCGUUCCAUCUGCAAGGACGUGGCUCUUAUAUGAAGGUCUAUGAGAAGACAGAUGUGGUCUUCAGUGAAAAUAAAGAUAGACUGAUACAGAAGUUCUGAAGACCCUGUGUGGACAGUAAUGACCGCACGUUUCCGAUUGCCUGCUGGCAGAACCUACAAUGUACGAGCAUCUGAGCUGGCACGAGACAGGCAGCAUACGGAGGUGGUCUGCAACGUUCUUCUCCUGGAUAACACUGUACAAGCUUUCAGAGUUAAUAAACAUGAUCAGGGACAAGUUCUGUUGGAUGUAGUCUUCAAGCAUCUCGAUUUGACAGAGAGAGAUUACUUCGGUUUACAGUUGGCUGAUGAAUCUACUGAUAACCCUAGGUGGUUGGAUCCAAACAAACCCAUCAGGAAACAAUUAAAAAGAGGAUCUCCUCACAGUUUGAAUUUCAGAGUUAAGUUUUUUGUAAGUGACCCAAACAAGCUCCAGGAAGAAUAUACAAGGUACCAGUAUUUUUUGCAAAUUAAACAGGACAUUCUUACUGGAAGAUUGCCCUGUCCUUAUAAUACUGCUGCUCUUCUGGCUUCCUAUGCUGUUCAAUCCGAGCUGGGAGACUACAACCAUUCAGAAAACUUGCCAGGCUACCUCUCAGACUAUUCUUUCAUCCCUAGCCAGCCUCAAGACUUUGAAAAAGAAAUAGCAAAAUUACAUCAGCAGCACAUAGGGUUGUCUCCUGCAGAAGCAGAGUUUAAUUAUCUCAAUACUGCACGUACCUUAGAACUUUAUGGAGUUGAAUUGCACUAUGCAAGGGAUCAGAGUAACAAUGAAAUAAUGAUUGGAGUCAUGUCAGGCGGAAUACUAAUUUUUAAGAACAGAGUACGAAUUAACACCUUUCAGUGGUUGAAGAUCGUAAAAAUUUCUUUUAAGUGCAAACAGUUUUUUAUUCAGCUUAGGAAAGAAUUGCAUGAAUCUAGAGAAACGUUACUGGGAUUCAAUAUGGUGAAUUACAGAGCAUGUAAGAAUUUGUGGAAAGCUUGUGUUGAACAUCACACUUUCUUCCGUUUGGACAGACCGCUCCCCCCUCAGAAGAACUUUUUUGCACAUUAUUUCACUUUGGGUUCCAAGUUCCGCUACUGUGGGAGAACAGAGGUCCAGUCUGUGCAGUAUGGUAAAGAAAGAGCAAACAAAGACAGGGUGUUCGCAAGAUCCCCCAGUAAACCUUUGGCACGAAAAUUAAUGAGUGGAAUGGACUGGGAAGUAGUGAGUAGGAACUCACUGUCUGACGACAGGUUGGAAACGCAGAGCCUGCCGUCACGGUCUCCACCUGGAACCCCAAAUCAUCGCAACUCUGCCUUCACUCAAGAAGGAGCCCGGUUACGACCCUCAUCAGUUGGACAUUUAGUGGACCAUGUAGUUCACACUUCCCCAAGUGAAGUAUUUGUGAAUCACCGAUCUCCAUCUUCCACUCAAGCCAACAGCAUCAUACUGGAAUCAUCACCAUCUCAAGAGACUCCUCUAGAUGGGCAGCCUCCUGCAUUACCGCCCAAACAGUUUAAAAAGAACAGUUGGAACCAAAUUCAUCAUUCGCACUCACAGCAAGAACUGGAUAACCAUAUUAAUGAAACAUUUGAUGUUCCUGCAUCUCCUGAAAAAUCCACACCCAAUGGUGGUGUCCCCCAUGACAAUCUUGUUAUGAUCAGAAUGAAACCAGAUGAAAAUGGAAGGUUUGGCUUCAAUGUAAAGGGUGGAUAUGAUCAGAAGAUGCCAGUAAUAGUGUCCAGGGUAGCUCCAGGAACACCUGCUGAUCUCUGUGUCCCUCGUUUGAAUGAAGGGGACCAGGUUGUACUGAUUAACGGCAGGGAUAUAGCAGAACAUACUCACGAUCAAGUUGUUAUGUUUAUUAAAGCUAGCUGUGAGAGACAUUCAGGGGAACUUGUGCUCCUAGUUCGACCCAAUGCUGUCUAUGACGUUGUGGAAGAGAAGCUGGAGAGUGAGCCUGACUUCCAAUACAUCCCUGAGAAAUCUCCACUUGAUGGUGUCCAUCAGGAUGAUAACGCUCUGCGGGAGUCCAUGAUCCAGCUGGCAGAGGGGCUCAUCACUGGAACUGUUUUGGCUCAGUUUGAUCAAUUGUAUAGGAAAAAGCCUGGAAUGACAAUGUCUUGUGCCAGAUUACCUCAAAACAUUUCCAAAAAUAGAUACAGAGACAUUUCGCCUUAUGAUGCUACACGGGUUAUUUUAAAAAGUAACGAAGAUUACAUCAAUGCAAAUUAUAUAAAUAUGGAAAUCCCUUCUUCCACAAUAAUAAACCAGUACAUUGCUUGUCAAGGUCCAUUACCGAACACUUGUCCUGAUUUUUGGCAGAUGACUUGGGAACAAGGCUCAUCUAUGGUUGUAAUGUUAACAACUCAAGUUGAACGGGGCAGAGUUAAGUGCCAUCAGUACUGGCCAGAGCCAUCAGGAAGCUCAUCAUAUGGGAAUUUCCAGAUUACCUGCCAUUCAGAAGAAGGAAAUCCUGCUUAUGUCUUUCGAGAAAUGACAUUGACUAAUCUGGAGAAAGAGGAAAGUCGCCAACUAACUCAGAUCCAGUACAUAGCAUGGCCUGAUCAUGGGGUUCCUGAUGAUUCCAGCGAUUUCCUGGAUUUUGUGUGUCUCGUGCGAAAGAAGAGGGCUGGCAGAGAAGAACCUGUUGUUGUUCAUUGCAGUGCUGGGAUUGGACGGACAGGAGUUCUUAUCACUAUGGAGACAGCAAUGUGUCUAAUUGAGUGCAAUCAGCCUGUUUAUCCAUUAGAUAUUGUAAGAACUAUGAGAGAUCAAAGAGCCAUGAUGAUCCAAACACCUAGUCAAUACAGAUUUGUAUGUGAAGCUAUUUUGAAGGUGUACGAAGAAGGAUUUAUCAAACCUUUACAAGCACCACUGCAUAAGUAAAGAGCAAAAAAAAAACUAGGAUAUCAAUUGAGGAAUCUUGUCCUCUCUAAUGAACUGGCAGCGUUCUUUGUGCCAUAAUACUGCUUGCAGGAAAUGAUAGUGAAGUACAGCAAAGAAUUGACAAAGGACUUUGAAAACUUCAGCACUGUUGCACUUUACGUUGAAACAAAAUCAGUCUCCGAAACUCUCCUAACCUUCAUCUCUUUGAAGACUUUAUUUUCGUGCUUUGCUUCGAACAAACCAUAAACUGAAAGAACUAAUUGUGUUCAGGGUAAUCUACGAUAUUUCAUUGUAGUGUCAUACUGCGCUUCUGGUUGAAUUGCUACAAACAAGGCUUGGAAUUACUUCACUCUGUUUUACACCCAUGUCUCUUAAAAUGAAAAACAAAUGAAAAAAUACACUAAGCCAUGGUCUUUUUCCAGUGCUAGGUUUAUUUACUAUGUACAGACUCUCACUGUUUUGUUUUUUACAACAUUAGCAAUAUUGCCAAUACUCAAUAGAUACACACUGCCUACUGAUGCAGCACACACUUUGUCCUACACCCUGACAAGAAACCAGCUGGUUGUUAGAGGAACGCUGGUGUCUGUGUUAACCCAGCAGUAGCUGCAUAAUUGCCCACUUACCAGCAUCUUGUACAAACUAACAAUAAAAAAUAAUAAUAAUAAUAAUAAACAGCAUUUCUUUGACACAGUUUGUGUGUCGUACACUGGUGUAUUCUGAUUCAUGUGACUUAAGAUUACGUGAUGGGAACUAGUGCAUGCAUUAUGUCUUAACCCCUUAAGUGCCUUGAGACUUACAGCAUACAUCCAGUGAAAGGCACUCAUCAGUCUGUGGGGGCGGUAUUGUCCUGUCAUAUUUAUCUUAAUGGGUUCAGAUUUUUAAAAUGGCCCUUGGUGCUUGGAACGUGUUACCACAAAGGGUCAGAGAAAUACCACUCCCUCUUUCCUUAUACAAGUACCUGCGUGCUGCUCUCGGGAGCAGAAGCACCUCUGCCAACUUCAUGAAUGAGCAUUGUAUGCUGCUGUGUUGAAUUAUGCGAGAAAUCUGACACAUUCCUUCAUUCCUUCCAACUAGUAACUUACAAGCAGCUUACUAUGAAAUGCUGGUAGGUCAUUAGAAGCUGAUACUUUGUUUUAUCCUUUUAUUGAGAAAUAGCUGUCUUACUUGAUUAGAACGUAACUCUUUAAUAGCACUGAUAAUUAAGUUGAACUUGCAAUCAGAUGUGAUUUAAUUCCAUUAUCUGCUAACCAAUUACUAUUUAAAUCCUCAUCGCUGAUUUCAAGCCAUGUUCGUACAGGUCUGCCUUUUAAUUUUUUUUAAUUGUUUGGGUGGGGGGAAGGGAGGAGAACACUAUGAAGUUGUUUGAGAACUUUAUUUAAAUUCCAUAUUGACCCCAGUCACCUUCUGUUAUGCUUGUGCAAAAUUGUUCCAGUUGGUAUGGGUUGCUUCUUAUUUAAGUAGGUAGAAGAUUUGUAAGACUUGUCUGUCUGAUACAGUAUCUGAGCUCAUUCUAAAGAUACAUAAAUGUCCCAGUUUUAAAGUAUUUUUCCAGUAUAGGAGAAACCAAUUCAGAAGCAAGGUGUCCAGUGUAAUAUACUGUAAGAAAAAAAUCAGUCACUUAUUUGACUGUCCUGUGACAACAUAACUUUGUGCCCUCUAUUUAAAAGUUUUAAUUUAUUGUAUUGGUUUUCUGAAAAUGUUUGUCGAGUAAAUUUUGUUGUAGGCUAUACAGAGCAUAAAUUAAAAUUGAAAGUUCUACACUAAAUAAUUUUUAACUAUUGAAGAAUUAUAUGCUGUAUUCUAAGGACAUUAGAAAGAAAUCAGCUAUGAAGUUCUAAGUGAAAAGGGAUUCAGGCAAACUGAAAUCCUGGCGUAUGGCUUAAUCAUAAACAGGAACCACAAUGCCAAAUGGAAGAUAGUGUUAAGGAAGUUUACAAUAGAGUUUAAAAUAUUUUUAGAAAACAAAAUAUUAGGUGGCCUGUGGCCCUCUUACUUAUAUUUCUAGAUUUCAUGCUUAAAUCAAUAUUAUCCCUCAGUGAAUAAUUAAUCUUACAAGAAUUUCUGGAUCUGAUUAAGUGAAAAAGAGUAAUAAGGUAGCUUUAAUCUCAGUUAUAUUUUAAGCCAUUUGCAACAAAAGAAAAUUCUUCUUUAGGAAAGUAUAAGCUUUAACUUCAGUGUGACAAGAUUAUUGGCUGAAAUGCAGGCUAGAUGGAAGUUUAUUUUAAACUUGGCAUUUAAUGUCUAAAAAAUAAAAUAAUCCAUUAUGUUGAAAUAAAUUUUCUUCAUAGUCAAGUCAUAACUGAAAAUAGCAUUUACCCUUUUUUCUGAGGGAAAUCAGAAAUGGAUUUUAUAGCAACAUUAUAUAGUGUUGGUAUGUCACAUAUUUAAAUAUUCUUAUGUAAAGUUGCCAAAGCAGUUCAAAAAGACCCAUUUAUACCACAAUUAAGUGUGAGAUAUUUAUUGAUCAUCUGUGAUUACUGUUUUGAUUACAAACACAGGCAAGAAUAAUAGGUCUCUUCAAAAUCGUCCUCUGUACUGACUUAAGAUGCUUUGUAGUGUAUUAAUUAGCUGCACUAGGCAAAAAUUGGAACAAGUUAGCUAUCCUUAGGUAAUUGGCCAUCAGCAACUCUCUGACUUUCUGGCUUCUCCAAAGCCAGGAUGGUGGAAACCAAAAAGCGAUUGGGAUAGAGGUUGGCAUUGAAGCCUUUCUGCACCAUAAAUCAUUUGUUCAAAUGUUUCUACCUUUUGUGGUAUAAAUGGCCUUUAAACUAUUUUUAUAUGGCCAAAAAAAAAUGAAAUUGCUAAAUAUUUUACUUUGGGUUAUGAAGAUCUGUAUCAUCCUAAAGAGUUUUUUAAAGAAGUUUUUGUAUGUUUCAUGCUGUACAAAACAUGAAUGUAUCUUUCAGACAUAAUGACCUAUAGACCUGUAAGUGAUUGGUGUUAUGACUGUUGGAUUUUAUGAUUAAUUAUUUUCAUACCAUUUGAUUAGGAAAAAUGUUGGGCGAGUGUGGGAAAGAGUGUGUUUGUAACACUUCCAUGAUACAAAUCCAGUUUAAAAAAAGUUUUCAUUGUAAAUAAGAGCAAUAUUAUGACAAUUUUGUGCCAAUGUAUGAUUUUAAGACUUCUGUUUUCUUUUCAGGUUCAGAGUGAAAACUACCACUACCAUCUCUUGUUUAAAGUGGAUUUUGAAGGUUUUUGUUUAGUAGAAAGACAUGGGGCUCUAGCAGGGGCUUUGAGUGUUUGGGGGGGCAUUUUUUAUUUUUGCUAAAUAUGAAAUAAGGUGCAGGUAUUGUUUAAUAAAUCACCUACACAUUGUCAGCCAAUCUGCUUUGGGAAGUGCUGCCUUAGGUAUACCAGAUAAUGGGGCUAAAUAAUUAAUUCAUUCCAAACUUGGAAGCAUUUGGUAUUUUAAAUAACUUAAAGUCUUAAGCAGUAAAAUACUGCUUUUAUGCAUUUUAUUUUUAGCUAUUCUCUCCCAGUUAUGAAAAAGAAAAAGCCCAUUGUUUUGGGUUUUUUUUUCUCACUACGUUUAAUGCUAGCUGAUGUUUCUUCCACAUUGCUCUGUUAAAUCUUGAAAGCUUAUAUCUCAUAUAAAGCAAUAAUGCUGCUUCUUAGACUACCUGAUUAUAGUCUGGCACACCAUCUAUUAGAGAAUGAGUAAGAAAGCAGUUGGGUGAUUAAGGAACACGAGGAAUUUGUUAUGGAAUCCGUGUAGCUGGCAACUUUCCAUGGAGACCUUCCAAAAGGCUUUGUGGUACCUGUGGAAGGGCCAAAAUGCAGCGGAGCUGCUGCAGUUGCACUGCCCAGGGAGAUGGGAAUUAGAGAAGGUCUGGCAUAGAGAUGCUGGAGCUCCAGGUAUCCUGUGGACCUGAAUUACGUGAUAUUUUUAUGCUUCUGCAGUGUGUGUGCAGGUACGUGGGUGAUGUUUGAUGGAUCAGGGGAUUGGCAUGAAAAACUACAGAUCCGCCAUCCACCAAUGUCCAUGUGAAAGCAGGUUCUCCAGUAUGUGUGCUGGGUUCAGGCUGUAGAGUCACUAUGCAAGUAAUCUUCAAGACCCUCAGGAUGAAGGGUAGGAUUGGGUAAUGGUCCAAAUUACAAUUUAUAAUAGCACAUUUGGACUUUCACAAAGUACAGGAAUGGUGCCCUCUAAUGUCACUUGUAGUCUCGUAGCUCACAUCUUAGGUCCACCACUGGUUGGGUGUAUUUGCUAAUCUAAGUACGCACCUUUUGUCUUGAGACUGGAAAGAAUCUUUUCCAUUGCUACUUUUAGUGCUAGGAUCCAAUAUCAAAGCCUGGAAAAACCAUUUCAUUAAUUAGACAUAGAUCUUGCAUGCAAGUGCGGGGAUUAGUGGUGAUGGGGAAGAUAGUUUGUCCUGUUUGUAUUACCACACAGCAGUUAUAAACUGAAAAUGAUUUUUUUUUCCCUGGUUUAGCAGUCUGCAAAGGAGGCCAGUUUGUUAUCACUGAUUUUACCUCUGUGCUGGUUGCUACCGUGGAUGUGCAUCUUUUCAGUAUGCAGGGCUUCUCCAGCUACCAGUUUUUAACUGGUGUACAAGCUGCAAGCUUGGGCUGUUGGCUUUGGCAUGUUUUCUUUGAACCGGCAGCCUCAUAAAAAGGAAAAAGAAGCCACUAAAAUAUCUGUCCUUGCAAUAGCAUGAGCUAUCGUUUCGCAGACUGGCUGACAGUUUGUUGGUUAUGUUAUUUCGUAUUUAGCAAGCUUACACAUUUUAAAGGGUGAUUUUUUUCAAAGUGUUUUGAUGUUUGAAUAGUAGCACUUUAUCUCAUACUUACUACUGACUGAACUAUUGGACAAAAUAAAUUGGGUUUGGAGAGAGAUGCUUAAUGGGUUUCUGUACAGAGAUUAUUACACCCUGGUACGAAUGCUUUCUAGUGAUUUCUAAUGAUUUCUAUUACAACCUUCUGUUCUAAUGAUUUCUGUUACAACUGUUCUGGUUUACUGUUCGUAAGUUUCUGAGCGACUUUGAGAAAAUAGAUAUUAAGAAGAUAAUAAUUCUAUCAUCUCAUUUUUCCUGUCUUAAAAAGAAUAAUAUAGCUUGCAUUAAAAAAAUAUAGGAAAAAAAAAGGUGCAAAUAGAAACUACAGGGUACUCGUAAAUUUAUCUCUGUGAUCUCUCUCAGCUAGCUGCAAAUUAGCUAUGUUUACUGUAAAUGUUUCUGCUAAGCAUUAUUUUUAACAUUAGAUCAAUUACCUGGAAAUCAGUAUUUUUUUUUUUUACUUAACUUAUUUGAAUUUUGAUAAGAUAAUGCACAACAAAGUUUAAAGAAGUUGUCACCCUUUUAUUCCUAGGCCAGGGGCCUAAGACAUGAGUGAAAGGGUUAAACAGUUUACAUUAAGCUGUUGUUUUCUUUAACUAGAAUAUAUCCACAAAGACUAGACUAUAAAAGAUCCAGUGCAAUUAUCUCAGUACAUUGGGGCACCACAGUAACAAUACACAAUAAUCUUACAGGAAAAAUAAGGUAAGAAAACAAAGGUUUUAUUUGCUGUAUCCAGAUUUAUCUUGCAUUUGAUUUGGUUUGUUUACCAGCAAUCCUAUUUUAACUAGUCAAAUUGGCAGGGCUGUUUGUGUAAGGUUCUUGUUUGUUUUGGUUUUUUCUGCAACAGGUGCUAUACUAUGUGUAAAUACAAAGGGAAGAAUAUUAUUUAGAUCAUUAUUAACAAUCAGAUGGUGGCAAUAUUUUUUGCUAGUUACUUCUGAUAAUUAAUUUGCAUUUCCAGCUGUGGCUUUCAGUUGUCACAUUUCAUCUCAGUUUCAUACUGCUGAAUGAUGGAUUGCAAGUGUGAAGUAAAUCAUCUCAGAGUCAAAUAGCUCUUUUGUUGUUUAGAAUAACUCUUGUGUACCUUUAUUAAUGUUGGAGGAUGGGAAGGUUCUUCCUGUAAGUAGACUUUUGCCUACAAAUUUGUUAAAAAGCACAUGAUGGGUAGGAAAAAUAAAAAAUAAAAUAAAAAAUAAAGAAAACAUAAAGGCAACAUCUUGGCUAAACAGCUGGGGGUGGUUGAUUAAAAAUGAUGGAAACUUGAAAUUGGUCAACACUGGAUGAUGUGAAAAUAAAUUCAGCUUUUGUCACUGCAGCUACUGUAUGCUUUAAAGGGCCUUAUGUAUUUGUCCUCAUUUUGAUAAAAUGAAAUUUCUUGCCAUUAAAAUUAUACACUAACUUCUACCGAAAACCAGCAGUUCCCAGGAUAAAUAUGCUAAUUAACAUUUAACAAGUCUUGUUUUAGUCUUAAGUAAAAUUUCAUUCUAUUAUGUGGAAAAAAAAUGCUGUUAUGCAUAUUUUGUGGAUAUAUUUAAUUUCAGUUGACAAAUAGCUGUCUAGGUACAGACUUGAAAAUAUAUAUAUAGUUUACUUGUGGAUCUUAAUUGUUUAAUUGCAAAAUAAAGAUGUGCUUUAGUAAUUUAAA